AUGGUUUAUCCAUCAGAUGAUAAUCCAAUUUGGUCUCAAGGAUUAGACAUGAAUUUAGAUAUGGUGCAACUAUGUGCUGAUGUUGUUGCUUAUAAAUUACGAUGGUCAACAACAUUAGAUUCUGAUUGGUAUGUUACAGGUGUUAAUGAUAUUAAUCCAAUACUUCAUCCCGAAUAUGGUUUACGAAGAAUGUGGUCAUAUUUUCAAACACAUUAUCACACAUGUGUUAUAUGCAAAUCGAAUAAAUAUAAAAUCAAUUCUAAUGAUACGAAAUGUUGA